AUGGGAAGCAGCGAUGUGGAGGCAGGGUUCGCUAAGCUGCAGGGGGAGGAUUUCGAGUACUAUAUGCAGACUUAUUCAAUAAUUUUAGGGCGAAAUUCCAAGAAAUCUUCGGUGGAUGUUGAUCUCUCCUCCCUCGGCGGUGGCAUGAACAUCAGCCGCCACCACGCGCGAAUCUUUUACGACUUCCAACGCCGGCGCUUUGCUCUUGAGGUGCUUGGAAAGAACGGCUGCUUCGUCGAGGGCGUGCUUCAUCUUCCCGGGAACCCCCCUGUGAAGCUUGAUUCGCAGGACCUACUGCAAAUUGGGGAUAAGGAGUUUUAUUUUUUAUUGCCGGUAAGGAGUAUCCUGGGAGGGCCUAUUGGGCCGAGGCAUCAUGUCAAUAACUAUCAGAUGGGUUCUGGACUUCAGUAUCAGCAUCAUUCGCGGCCUCCGCCUUCAGGGUCGGGAGGGGUGGAAUAUGGUAAGAAGGGGAGAGGGAGGGAGUAUUAUGAGGAGGACUAUAAUGAGGAGGGCGGUGGCGGUGAGGAGGAUGGUUUCACAGGGGGUAAGCGGAUGAGGAGAGUGGAUGGUGUGGAUGGUUCCACUGGUGGUUAUGGGUAUGGUUUGGGUGGGUCAGGUUCUGGUGGCAAGGCAGGGCUCUCGGGGCAAUUGGAUAAGAAAGUUGAGGGAAGAUCCCGUGUUGACAGGGAGGCUGACAAUCAACAGCUCCUUCAGCUAGAGGAGAAGGAUGUUGUAUCAUCAGUGGCCACUGUGCUCUCCGAUCUCUGUGGUCCUGGAGAAUGGAUGCCAAUGGAGAGACUUCAUUCUGAGUUGGAGGAACAAUUCGGCAGUGUCUGGCAUCACAGUCGUGUGAGAAGAUACCUCACGUCUGAGGAUCAUUCCGUUCCAGAAGCCAGUGGAAAACCAUGGUAUGGGUUGCUCAUGUUGUUGAGGAAGUACCCAGAGCAUUUCGUUAUCAACACGAGGUCCAAGGGACGGGUUACCCUGGAGUUUGUCUCUCUUGUGUCGCUACUCUCAUGA